UAAAAAGACAGCCAACAGCCUAGCAAAAUCACUCGAUUGAGAACAGCUGAAGAUUGACUAAUAAUCAAUAUGUUGCCUACUCGAUUUUCUCUUCUAUUUCUUGUUCUUUGCCUUUGGAGUGUAUCACCUCUGAAGGCUGCAAGUCCAUGGGACAACACACAGCUGGCGGAAGGUUUCAUUGGAGCCUUCAACGCAGCCAUGGCCCAAUCUGGAACUCUAUCUUCAUCUCAGAUGGAUGACAUUUCUUCAAUUAGCGACACUAUAAUUCUCUCAAUUGAAAGAAAUCCUACUAAUUCAAGAUCGAAAUUGCAAGCUUUAAAUAUGGCCUUUGCUUCGUCUGUAUCAGAAAUAGCUUUUUCGGAAAACAUUGGUGUUCCCAAUGGCGUUAAGAUCCAGGCAAUCAUAGACGCAUUAAGAGGAGCCUUCUUGCAAACUACUGGAGCAGUUGACCAGACCUUUUUGAACGAAAUUGGAAGUCUCGUAAGAAUGUUUUCUCAAGUUUCUGCAGAAAAUGAAGUGUCCUCCAGCGCAGGAGCAGCAGCAUCUGCGAGUGCAGGAGCAGCAGGAUAUGGUCAAGGAGCAGGUCAAGGAGCAGGACAAGGUUAUGGUGCAGGAUCUGGAUCAGGGGCUGGAGCCGGAGGCUACAGUCAAGGAACAGGUCAAGGUUACGGUACUGAUUCUGGAUCAGCUGGAGCAUAUUCAGUUGGAACUGCAUCAGCCAGUGGAGCAGCAUCAUCCCAAAUUUCACAGACCCAAAAUGUAGUUACGACUACUCAAACAGAAAAUGUAAUUUCCAGAGCAGGUAGUGCAGGCAGUGCUGCAGCCUCUGCAGGAGGUUAUGGACAAGCAGCAGGUCAAGGAUAUGGCGCUGGAGUAGGAUCUGGAGCAGGAGCAGCAGCAGGUUAUGGACAAGGAGCAGGUCAAGGAUAUGGUGCUGGUGCCGGAUCAGGCGCCGGUGCGGGAGCUGCAGCCGGAGCAGGAGCAGCUGGAGGCUAUGGACAAGGAGCAGGUCAAGGAUAUGGUGCUGGUGCAGGAUCUGGAGCCGGUGCAGGAGCAGCAGGAGGUUAUGGACAAGGAUCAGGUCAAGGAUAUGGUGCUGGCGCAGGGUCUGGAGCCGGAGCAGGAGCUGGAGCAGGUGCAGGUGGAGGUGCUGGUUACGGACAAGGAGCUGGCCAAGGAUAUGGUGCUGUUGCCGGAUCAGGCGCCGGUGCAGGAGCUGCAGCAGGAGCAGCUGGAGGCUAUGGGCAAGGAGCAGGUCAAGGAUAUGGUGCUGGUGCAGGAUCAGGAGCAGGAUCUGCAGGAGGUUACGGACAAGGAGCUGGUCAGGGAUAUGGAGCAGGCUCAGGAUCUGGCGCUGGUGCAGGAGCUGCUGGAGGAUCUGGAGCAGGUGCAGGAGGCGGUGCUGGUUAUGGACAAGGAGCUGGUCAAGGAUAUGGUGCUGGUGCCGGAUCUGGGGCAGGAGCAGGAGCUGGAGCAGGAGGAGGUGCUGGUUAUGGACAAGGAGCUGGCCAAGGAUAUGGUGCUGGUGCCGGAUCAGGGGCUGGUGCAGGAGCAGCAGCUGCAGCAAUUGCAGGAGGAGCUGGAGGCUAUGGUCAAGGAGCUGGUCAAGGAUAUGGAGCUGGAGCAGGAUCUGGUGCUGGAGCUGCAGCAGGAUCUGGAGCUGGUGCAGGAGCUGGAGCAGGAGCAGGAAGUGGUGCUGGCUAUGGACAAGGAGCAGGUCAAGGAUAUGGUGCAGGUGCUGGAUCUGGAGCAGGAGCAGGAUCUGGAGCUGGUGCUGGCUAUGGACAAGGAGCUGGUCAAGGAUAUGGUGCUGGCGCUGGAUCUGGAGCUGGUGCAGGAGCAGCAGCAGGAGCAGGUGCAGGAAGUGGAGCUGGAUAUGGACAAGGAGCAGGUCAAGGAUAUGGUGCUGGUUCCGGAUCUGGGGCCAGUGCAGGAGCCGCAGCUGGAGCAGGUGCAGGAGCAGGAAGUGGUGCUGGGUAUGGACAAGGAUCAGGUCAAGGAUAUGGUGCAGGUGCUGGAUCUGGAGCCGGAGCUGGAUCUGGAGCUGGUGCAGGAUCUGGAGCAGGUGCUGGUCAAGGAUAUGGUGCUGGUCAAGGAUAUGGUGCUGGUACAGGAUCCGGUGCUGGUGCGGGAGCAGCAGCUGCAGGAGGAGCAGGUGCAGGAGCUGGAGCAGGUGCAGGAAGAGGUGCUGGUUAUGGACAAGGAGCAGGUCAAGGAUAUGGUGCAGGUGCUGGAUCGGGAGCCGGAGCAGGAUCUGGAGCAGGUGCUGGUUAUGGACAAGGAGCUGGUCAAGGAUAUGGUGCUGGCGCAGGAUCUGGAGCUGGUGCAGGAGCAGCAGCUGGAGCAGGUGCAGGAGCAGGAAGUGGUGCUGGCUAUGGACAAGGAGCAGGUCAAGGAUAUGGUGCAGGUGCUGGAUCUGGUGCCGGAGCAGGAUCUGGAGCUGGUGCUGGCUAUGGACAAGGAGCUGGACAAGGUUACGGUACUGGUUCUGGAUCAGCUGGAGCAUAUUCAGUUGGAACUGCAUCAGCCAGUGGAGCAUCAUCAUCCCAAAUUUCACAGAUCCAAAAUGUAGUUACGACUACUCAAACAGAAAAUGUAAUUUCUAGAGCAGGUAGUGCAGGCAGUGCUGCAGCCUCUGCAGGAGCAGGAGGUUAUGGACAAGCAGCAGGUCAAGGAUAUGGAGCUGGAGCAGGAUCUGGAGCUGGAGCAGCAGGUUAUGGACAAGGAGCAGUUCAAGGAUAUGGUGCUGGUGGCGGAUCAGGCGCCGGUGCAGGAGCUGCAGCCGGAGCAGGAGCAGCUGGAGGCUAUGGACAAGGAGCAGGUCAAGGAUAUGGUGCUGGUUCAGGAUCUGGAGUCGGUGCAGGAGCAGGAUCUGCAGGAGGUUACGGACAAGGAGCAGGUCAAGGAUAUGGAGCAGGUUCAGGAUCUGGCGCUGGUGCAGGAGCUGCCGGUGGAUCUGGAGCGGGAGCAGGAGCAAUAUCUGGAGCAGGAGGCGGUGCUGGUUAUGGACAAGGAGCUGGUCAAGGAUAUGGUGCUGGAGCAGGAUCUGGAGCUGGUGCUGGAGCAGGAUCUGGAGCCGGAGCUGGAGCUGGUGCAGGAGCAGGUGCAGGAAGAGGAGCUGGUUAUGGACAAGGAGCUGGUCAAGGAUAUGGUUCUGGAGCAGGAUCUGGAGCCGGUGCAGGAGCAGGAAGUGGUGCUGGCUAUGGACAAGGAGCUGGUCGAGGAUCUGGUGCUGGUGCAGGAUCUGGAGCCGGUGCAGGAGCAGGAUCUGCAGGAGGUUACGGACAAGGAGCAGGUCAAGGAUAUGGAGCAGGUUCAGGAUCUGGUGCUGGUGCAGGAGCUGCUGGAGGAUCUGGAGCAGGUGCGGGAGGUGGAGCUGGAUAUGGACAAGGAGCAGGUCAAGGAUAUGGUGCAGGCGCUGGAUCAGGUGCCGGAGCAGGAUCUGGAGCUGGUGCUGGUUAUGGACAAGGAGCUGGUCAAGGAUAUGGAGCUGGUGCUGGAUCUGGAGCUGGUGCAGGAGCAGCAGCAGGAGCAGGUGCAGGAAGUGGAGCUGGCUAUGGACAAGGAGCUGGUCAAGGAUAUGGAGCUGGAGCAGGAUCUGGUGCUGGAGCUGCAGCAGGAUCUGGAGCAGGUGCAGGAAGUGGAGCUGGCUAUGGACAAGGAGCUGGUCAAGGAUAUGGUGCUGGCGCUGGAUCUGGAGCUGGUGCAGGAGCAGCUGCGGGAGCAGGUGCAGGAAGUGGAGCUGGCUAUGGACAAGGAGCUGGUCAAGGAUAUGGAGCUGGAGCAGGAUCCGGUGCUGGUGCUGGAGCAGGUGCAGGAAGAGGUGCUGGUCAAGGUUAUGGUGCUGGUGCAGGAUCUGGAGCUGGUGCAGGAGCAGCAGCAGGUGCAGGAGCAGGAAGUGGUGCUGGCUAUGGACAAGGAGCUGGUCAAGGAUAUGGAUCUGGAGCAGGAUCUGGUGCUGGAGCGGCAGCAGGAUCUGGAGCUGGUGCAGGAGCUGGAGCUGGUGCAGGAAGAGGUGCUGGCUAUGGACAAGGAGCUGGUCAAGGAUAUGUUGCUGGUGCAGGAUCUGGUGCAGGAGCAGCAGCAGGUGCAGGAGCAGGAAGUGGUGCUGGCUAUGGACAAGGAGCUGGUCAAGGAUAUGGAUCUGGAGCAGGAUCUGGUGCUGGAGCGGCAGCAGGAUCUGGAGCUGGUGCAGGAGCUGGAGCUGGUGCAGGAAGAGGUGCUGGCUAUGGACAAGGAGCUGGUCAAGGAUAUGGAGCUGGAACAGGAUCUGGUGCUGGUGCAGGAGCAGCAGCUGGAUCUGGUGCAGGGGCCGGAAGUGGUGCUGGCUAUGGACAAGGAGCAGGUCAAGGAUAUGGUGCAGGUGCUGGAUCUGGAGCCGGAGCAGGAUCUGGAGCUGGUGCUGGCUAUGGACAAGGAGCUGGUCAAGGAUAUGGUGCUGGCGCUGGAUCUGGAGCUGGUGCAGGAGCAGCAGCGGGAGCAGGUGCAGGAAGAGGAGCUGGCUCUGGACAGGGAGCUGGUCAAGGAUAUGGAGCUGGAGCAGGAUCUGGUGCUGGUGCUGGAGCAGGAUCUGGAGCAGGUGCAGGAAGAGGUGCUGGUCAAGGUUAUGGUGCUGGUGCAGGAUCUGGAGCUGGUGCAGGAGCAGCAGCUGGAGCUGGUGCAGGAGCAGGAAGUGGUGCUGGCUAUGGACAAGGAGCUGGUCAAGGUUAUGGAGCUGGAGCAGGAUCUGGUGCUGGAGCUGCUGCAGGAUCUGGAGCUGGUGCAGGAGCUGGAGCAGGAGCAGGAAGAGGUGCUGGCUAUGGUCAAGGAGCUGGUCAAGGAUAUGGAGCUGGAGCAGGAUCUGGUGCUGGUGCAGGAGCAGCAGCAGCAGCUGGAGCAGGUGCAGGGGCCGGAAGUGGUGCUGGCUAUGGACAAGGAGCAGGUCAAGGAUAUGGUGCAGGUGCUGGAUCAGGAGCCGGAGCAGGAAGAGGUGCUGGUUAUGGACAAGGAGCAGGUCAAGGAUAUGGUGCUGGUGCAGGUUCUGGAGCCGGUGCAGGAGCAGCUUCCGCAGCAGGUGCCGGAGCUGGAGCAGCGGGUGGUUUUGGACGAGGAGCAGGUCAAGGAUAUGGUGCUGGUGCAGGAUCUGGAGCCGGUGCAGGAGCAGCUUCCGCAGCAGGUGCCGGAGCAGGAGCAGCAGGUGGUUAUGGACAAGGAGCAGGUCAAGGAUAUGGUACUGGUGCAGGAUCUGGAGCCGGUGCUGGAGCAGCUGCUGCAGCAGGAGCAGCAGGAGGUUAUGGACAAGGAGCAGGUCAAGGAUAUGGAUCUGGUGCAGGAUCUGGAGCCGGUGCAGGAGCAGCUGCCGCUGCAGGUGCAGGAGCAGCUAGAGGUUAUGGACAAGGAGCAGGUCAAGGAUAUGGUGCUGGUGCAGGAUCUGGAGCCGGUGCAGGAGCAGCUUCCGCUGCAGGUUCUGGAGCAGGAGCAGCGGGUGGUUACGGACAAGGAGCAGGUCAAGGAUAUGGUGCAGGUUCUGGAGCCGGUGCAGGAGCAGCUUCCGGAGCAGGAGCAGCGGGCGGUUAUGGACAAGGAGCAGGUCAAGGAUAUGGUGCUGGUGCAGGAUCUGGUGCCGGUGCUGGAGCAGCUGCUGCAGCAGGAGGUUAUGGACAAGGAGCAGGUCAAGGAUAUGGUGCUGGUGCGGGAUCAGGAGCCGGUGCAGGAGCAGCAACUGGAGCAGGAUCUGCUGGAGGCUAUGGACAAGGAGCAGGUCAAGGAUAUGGUUCUGGUGCCGGAGCUGCAGCAGGUGCUGGAGCAGGUGCAGCAGCAGGUGGUUAUGGUCAAACUGUACAAACCAGUUACAUUUCUGGAGGAGGUGCUGCUUCCAGUUCAGCCGCCUCGGCUGCUGCAGGAGGCUAUAGCCAAGGUGUGCAAACUGGAUAUGGAAGUGCCGCAGGAGCUAGUGCAGCAUCUAGUGCUUCCGCUGUAUCACGAAUUAACUCUGGAGCAUCUCAAUCUAGAAUCAGUUCAGCUGCUUCCAGUUUGGCUUCAGGUGGGGUAUUGAAUGUUGGUGCCUUGCAAUCAGUUGUAUCUAACUUGGUCGGACAAGUCAGCGCUUCUUCUGCCGGAGCAUCUCAAGCUGAUAUAGUUAUACAAGCUCUUCUGGAACUGGUGGCCACCCUUAUACACAUAUUGAGUUCCUCCAAUAUUGGUCAAAUCGACUUCAGUUCUAUUGGUAAUUCCGCUGCGGCUGUAAGUCAAUCUUUCGGAGCUGUUCUCGGUUAAUUUUCUUUUUAAAAUAUAACUUCUAUCUCGAAGAUGUUUGUUUUCACAAAUGAUAAGAAAUAAAAGCAUAUUUUGAAAGACAAA